GGAGAUUGUGUGAGUGUGGGGGGUGUGGAGGAAUAAAGCCCUGGCCGGAGUGGGUAGCUUUUGCAAAGAUGUUUUUUUCUCUGCUCCGAUUUGUUUAAUGAAUUGCAUUCGGGUGGGUGUGGAUGUUGUUGCAGGAUUCUCGCCAACAGCAAGAGCACAUCUGAGAGUUUGAUGGUGCAUCGCCUGCCCCGUGUGUGUCUCGCAUGCAAGCGCGCAGUGGGAGCAGCGGCGCCGACCCGUGUCAAUAUCACUGGCUACUUGCAGCGGCCGCUCACCUGCCCGAAAUGAACACGGCCGAUGCCAAGGAUUACUUGUCCAAGCGGGAGAUACCGCGGCUUUUCGAGAGCAUGUUGACGGGACUGAUGUACUAUCGGCCAGAGGACCCGAUCGAGUAUCUGGAGGGAUGUUUGCAGAGGGUGCGGGAACUCGGAGGGCCAGAGAAAGUGAAGUGGGACACCUUCAUCCCACAGGAACGCCGGCCAUUGCCUCCCAUCAACGGCGGCCCAGGCAAGAAGCCAAUAUUUCGGACAGAGGCAGGAGUGGCCCCGCAUCGUCGCUACGAUCGACUGCCUCCAAUCCAAGCCCAGUUUUCAAUCGAGAGUGACUCGGAUAUGACAGAAUCCUCGGGCCUGAUUCAAGAAUACGACGUCUUCGACCCAUGCAAGCCGAGGCCAUGCAUUAUUUUUGUGAUUGGUGGUCCGGGGAGCGGCAAGGGCACGCAGAGCGCCAAGAUGGCCCAGCGUUACGGCUUUGUGUCCAUCUCGGUGGGGGAGAUCCUGCGUCGACAGAUGCUUCACCACGCCACCAGCGACUGCAAGUGGGAGCUGAUUGCACAGAUCAUCUCCAACGGAGAGCUGGCACCUCCGGAAACUGCCAUUGAGGAGCUGAAGCACCAGUUCAUGAGGCACCCGGAUGCAAAGGGCUUCAUCGUGGAUGGGUUUCCCAAGGAGAUCAGCCAGGCCUUCACCUUUGAAGAGCAGAUUGGCUCCCCAGACCUGGUGCUCCUGCUGGCUUGCUCCAACCAACAGCUGCGGCAACGGCUCGAGCGCCGUGCCGCGCAGCAUGGCCGCCUCGACGACAACAGCCACGCCAUCGAGCGCAGGGUCGAAACCUUCAAACAGAACAUCAGCCUGAUCGCCAAGUAUUACCAGGAGAAGGAGCUCAUUGUUCGGUUGGGUGCGGAUCGUGAGGAAGAAGACAUAUUCAAUGAUAUCAAUGCCGCCGUGGUAGAGAGACUGUUCUCGACAGGAAGACAUGAGGCGGCCAGUGAGGAGUGGUUACAGACGACCGACAAGACCAGGCGACCAUGGACCUCACCUGUCCAGUCUGAGGAGUCUUUGGCCGCGGAGGAUUUCACAAUGUCAGAUAAACUGAAGGGAUGCAAGAUUAUCUUUGUGGUCGGAGGCCCAGGUUCCGGCAAAGGCACUCAGUGUGACCAGGUCGUGCAGAAAUAUGGCUACACCCACCUGUCCACAGGAGACCUGCUGAGGGCAGAGGUCAGCUCGGGCUCAGACAAGGGAAAGAGUGUCCAUGCUAUCAUGGAGAAGGGCGAGCUGGUACCUCUGGAUACCGUGCUGGAGAUGCUGAGGGACGCCAUGAUUGCCAAAGCUGACGUCUCGAAGGGCUUCCUGAUUGACGGCUACCCGCGGGAAGUCAAGCAGGGAGAGGAGUUUGAGAAGAAGAUUGCACCACCUACUCUGCUCUUGUACAUUGACGCUGGGAAGGAGACGAUGGUCAAACGGCUCCUGGAACGCAGCAAGACCAGCGGGCGCGCUGACGACAACGAGGAGACCAUCACCAAGCGCCUGGAGACGUAUUACAAAGCCACCGAGCCCGUCAUCAACUUCUACCAACACAGAAAGAUCGUCAGGAAGAUAAACGCAGAGGGCACAGUGGAUGAAGUCUUCGCUCAGGUCGCGACUGCCCUCGACGCAUUAAAGUGACUUGAAGACUAAAGUGUUUCAGCAAUUGCCCUCCUCUCCCCUCGCUCCUUCCUAAAGCCUUGAUUCCCCCGGUUUAAGAUUCAUGGACGGUGUUACAAAGAGAAAAAAAAAAAAAGUGUUUUUGGUCAAAUUGACAUGCCUAGACUUUUCACCCGAGAUGUUGUUGGGCCCCAUUUCUGCAUUGUGUCCUGUCACUGUCAACAACUGAGGCCACUGGGUUAGCAAUGAAACUGCAUCAGCGACACUGGGCCGUGGAACACAAUCUGUUGAACGCAGCGGGACUGAGCAGCACCCGACAUCGCCAUGAGCCCUCUCCGAUCAGACCUCGCACCUCAUUGCUCUGCACGUCAAGAUCCUACACUGAGACAGAAGAGAGAUGAGUUCAGAUAUGUCACGGGUAUUUUUCCGAUGCUGAAAAUGAUCUGUCAAGAAUUAUUGACCACAGAAAAUAUUAUCACCGCUGACCAUCACGUGUCCUCGCCGACUGUCUGCCGUGGGAUUGAGGUCACGUUGGGGGAUUUUCUGUAAUCAAUAAUAUUUUUGGCACAUUCGGAAGCCGUGAUUGUCAAGCCAGGUUUGCAGCUGUAAGUGAGUGCGAACUAGCGGAGAAUGUUAAACCGAUCUCUCCUUCACCAGAACAGAAAAAUGUUGCACGAGAUAGCUGUCUUACGAACCGUGGAUCGAUCUCCAGCUGCUAGUGUAGGCUUUUCUGUGCUAACCUCUUGUGGGGUAAAGAUUCAACCUCUGCCACUUGUAAUAAGUUUGUGACGUUAAUGACGUGCGUGUGUGAUGUACUCGCUGGCCAAAGGUAAGGUCAGUGAACUGAAUUUCAGAACCAGAGUACUCCACACAACAACCACAUUAGACACAUGGAGAGGAAGAAUUACUGGCCCCAGUAGCCCUGAAAUUAACCCAACAAAAUGUACUCAAAUGCCUAGAAUAAUUUUGAUUGGAAUAUUUAACACAAAUAAUGUUCACCAUUUGGGCACAGUGUGCCUUGUCACUUUUCUAUUUCCGUUUCUUUUUAUUUCAGUGUAUAUUUCAUCUAGAAGUCUUAUCCUCUAACUUAAAGCGACACUUCCACUUGUCUCUCCUCUCCCUACAACCCCACCUUCUCCUGCAGAUGCGAGAAAUUUCCCCGUAACAAGCCGGUGGGUUUUCGCUGGUUAAGAAUUGGUUUUAUGCCCAGAUAAUCCAAAAGUCUAUGAUUUGUGAAAAUGUGAGGAGACUGUCCCAAAAGCCCAAGCCCAGCCAGACAAUUCCAAGUUGACAUAGGAACACAAGUUGGCCACUCAGCCCCUCCAACCUGUCCCACCAUUCAGUAAGAUCUCUUGUUGCCACCAACCUGCCUUGGCUCCCAACCCUUUCCUGUCCUUUGUGACUUUUAUGUGAAGUUUUAUUGCGAGCAAAGCACUUCCCAGUUAAAAUACAAAUCCUUUCAACUUUAACAACAGAUAGCUCUGCCCACCUUCGGUGAAGACCACACUUACAGUCAGUGUACCACAGCUGACGCCCCUAUCUGUCUUCCCAAACCUGUACUCCUCAGAACCAAUCCUGUCUGUUAAAGUCAAAGUUAAUGCACAUUUCAACAAUUAAUCAACAAUGCCGACUUUAUAACAACAACUUGUAUCAGUAACCUGCUUGUGAAAUUCUGGGGGUAGCUGUUAUGACUUCCAGUGGCAGUAUAUCAUGACCUGUGAUAGUGUGUAGUCAGAAUCAAUUUCAGGAAACAGUACCCAACAGCCUUAAUGACAGUCCCACAGAACGUUGCAGGCUGCAUGAUCUUUUAUGCAGAAGAGCUAAAUCUGUUGUGUCGCCUUCUUUCUCUGUUUACUCUUAAAGUGGCUGCAUUUCUGUCCAUUCCUUGUGCAGUGUUUUAAUGAACAAGCUGGUGAAGGAGUCUAGUGGGAGGGAAGGAUUCUUAGGUUCUGAUCAAAGUAAAAUGCAGAAUGUUCGUUUUCCAAUGACGUGCUGUAUGCUAUUGAUAAAUGAACGCACUGCUCUUUUUUUAAUACAAACUUUCUUUGAUGUUUGCAUUCAAUUCCCAGCCAGUGUUCUUGUGACAAUUGUUAAGGAUUUCACACUAGCUCAUCAAUGUGUUUGUCCGCUCACCAAUAUCACAUGUGUAUCCAAAGCAACGAUGAUUCAUAAAUGUUAUAGCCAAACUGUAGAUACUUCAUAUAUCGUAGCUGUCUCUGUCGACAACCAAAUCAGCAAUAUUGUUUUUCUAAUGCUGUUGCAAACCUAAACUUGUACCAGUAUUUAUUGGAGCCUCAACUGAUGGGUGGAUUGGAGGAGGUGACUGAAUGUACAUUUAAUAAAACUGAACUGACCUCA